GGGUGUGUAGUGUAGUCUUUCCAGUUCAAGCUCAUCGAAGAAAUGGAUGAUGGGUUUAUGCUUUUUGCUGAUGAUAGGGCGGCAGAGCUGAAGGUCCACUGCCCUCUCUGUAAGAAGGUGUACAUCGAUCCAUUUAUAUCUACCUGUGGGCAUACUUUCUGUUUAAAAUGUAUCAAAGAUAACGCAGGGGAGUGUCCGCUUGAUGCUAUCAAAUUUUCACCAGUUGUCAAAAAUAUUGCCGUUUAUGAACAAGUUGGUGAACUAUUGGUUCAUUGUUGCUAUGGUGUUAUUCUUAAAGAUGGCCAUGCCCAUCCUGUGGUCGAUACAAAUGGUUGCCAGGCAGUCAUUAAAAUCAGCGAAAAACACGAACACGAAGAAAAUUGUGAGUUUAAGCCAAUCUCCUGCCCUAAUGAUGAAGAAUGUCCGAAAAUGUUUAGAAAGGAGCUCGAACAACAUUUACAAAUGUGCCAGAAUGUCAAGUGCCCUCAUCAUAAAUACGGGUGUCCGUUUAAAGGUAAGAAGGAGCAAGUGACUGAGCAUGUUCAAAAUUGCAAGUUUGAAGGAGUGAAGGACUACUUGCAGUCAUUAGAUGAGAUAAUUACUGAAUUGAAGAAGGACAUUAUCACUAAAGACUCCCUCAUCACUAAUUUACAAGGCACAGUCACUGAACUAGAGGAGAGGCUAAGCGACACGGAGAAAAAUGCUGCCUUGACAUCCAAAAGAUUAGAUGAUCUGGAGGAGCGUUCCACCAGCAUAAUGAAAGCUGUUUCCAGCACCACUGAUAAUUUUGAAUUUGUGAUGAGUAAAUUGACACUAGUUGAGCAUCAAUUGGGAACUAACCCAAUUGAGCCGCAACUUUUGUUCAAGUGUCAAGGAACAUUCGUAGGACAUAAGGGUCCGGUGUGGAGCCUCUGCAUUUCUAAUGACGUUCUAUUCAGUGCUUCCUCAGAUAACACAAUAAAGUCUUGGAAUCUGAGGUCAAUUUAUGAAGGACCAAGAACGAUGACCGGCCAUGAUGGAAUAAUACUAGCAGUCUGCUCUAAAGAUAAUUAUUUAUACAGUGGCUCGUCUGAUAAGACAAUUAAAGUUUGGGACACAAAGACCCUCUCCUUAGUGAGCAGUUUUGUAGCUCACGAUGACCCGAUCUGCUCAUUGACCACUCAUGAGAACAAACUCUACUCUGGAUCAUUGAGAAGCAUCAAAGUGUGGGAUCUUUCAGAUGAUAAUAAAUUGUUAAAAGUAUUACCGACACAAAACCACUGGGUGAGGGCACUGGCUGUAUCUGGGAAAUAUUUAUACUCGGGUUCUUACAGAGCAGUCAAAAUAUGGGACCUAUUAUCAAUGGAGGUUGCUCACGUCCUCCAGUGUAAUGGCGGUAGUGUUUAUUCCCUUGCUCUAACCUCCAGAUACAUUGUGUGUGGUACGUACGAAAACAUGAUACACUUAUGGGAUAUAAAUACGCUAGCAGAAAUCACCUCAUUAUCCGGCCACGUUGGUACGGUGUACGCUUUAGCCGAAUUAUCCAAUCCCGGGGGACAGAGCAGGUUAUUCAGUGCUUCUUAUGACAAGACGAUUAGGGUUUGGAAUAUGGAUCUCAUGACGUGCGCCCAAACGAUGUCACGGCACGAGGGAAGUGUCACGUGUCUAACUGUGAAUAGAGGAUCAAUAAUAUCGGGAUCAGUUGAUAACAAUAUAAAGAUAUGGCGACAAUGACACACAGACAUUUUUAGUAUUUUUUUAUUUCUAUUUUUUACCAUUUAUUACUAUCCCAGAUUUUUCCUAUUUUUAUAAUUAAUUUUUCUCAAUCUGUUAUUUUUUUAUCAUGCCAUGUCAUUUACACUCUCAUG